AUGGCCCAGAGCGUGUACCCCGAGCUGCACCGCGGCUGCCACGCGUUCAUGCGCCACAAGGACAUCAUGAUGAGCCCCCAGAUGCUCAAGACCUACGGCGUCGAGUACACCAUGGUGUGGCAGCUUCCCGGCUGCUUCCCGCCGCGGGACGGCCCCAGGCGGCGCGCCUGCGCCGGGGCCGCCGCGGCCCCGCCGGCCAAGCAGGAGCCCAAUGAGUUCAUGGUGCUCAACGCGGCAGCCUACCACGCCGGCUACAACCUCGGAUUCAACUGCGCGGAGGCCGUGAACUUCGCGAUGCAGGAGUGGGUCGACGUCGGCUGCGCGGUGGAGCGCUGCAAGUGCGGCGCGCUGAAGGAGGGCGUGCGCAUCUCCAUGCGGCUGUUUGGCCGCGAGGGCAGCAGCGACGAGGACGAUGACAGCGAGGAUGACGAUGACGUCAGCGGCAGCAGCUCGGAGGACGAGGGGAGCAGCGAGGAGCGCGGGGAGGAGGGGGAGCGACCGGGCAGCCCCCAGCCGCCGCGGCGGCGCAGCGGGCGCGAGCCGAAGCCGCGGGACCUGGAUUCGCUGCCAAUCGCCGCUUUCAGGGUGCCAGCCGCGGUAUCAAAGCUGGCCGCCCCCGCCGCGGGCAGCAAGCGCCCCCACGGAGGCGACGGCGGCGGCGCCGCGCGCGAGGCGAAACGCGCGAAGGGGCGUGACACGCAGACGGCGCGGGCGGCGGCGGCGGCGGAGGCGGUGGCGGCGGAGGCGGUUGCUCGGCGGCGGGCGGCGCGGGCUGGCGCGGAGGCGCGGGAGAAGGCGGCGGUCAACACGGUCAAAGCACGCAAGGCGGACAGGGCCGUCGGCUCUGGCCCCCGCAGCACAGACGAGGUCGUGACCUCCCUGCGGCGCGCCGCCGCCGCCGCCGCCGCGCUGCGCGCGGAGCACGAGGCGCGGCGCGCCGAGCACCACGCGCGGCGCGGCGGCGGCGGCGGCGGGGCCCGCGAGGAGGCAGAAUCGGAGGAUGAGUCGGAGGAGGUGGAGGAGGAGGAGGAGGAGGGGAGCGAGGCGGGCGACGCCGACGCGAGCCCCGAGCCGGAGGGGCCGGCGCCGCAGGUCAUUGUGGGAGGGGACUCUGGCGGCAAGUUCUUCUAUUUGGUCCAGAGGCUGAG